AUGACGAAUUGGAUUCUAGGCGACAAAUUCUAUACGGUCUAUCCGCACAAGAACUCAAUCAAGGGAUUGUGGGAGUCGAAAUGGAAAGCAGCUUGCAUAAAAGCUGUCUAUCCUUUUCACGACGGUGCCUAUGAAGACUUUGAGCCUAUUUUUGAAAAGCUCAUUGCCGAAAAUAUCAACGAUGCAUACACGGAUGAGUACACAAACUCAUUUCUACCGACAGCAGAAGCCCUCGAGUCAAAGGCUCUUGAAGCUGCAAAGAACGGCAUCAGAGAUAAAGCAGCAGAGUACUACCGACGUGCCGCUGUAGUAUAUCGCAUCUCACGCUUUCCCUACGUUAGUCCUAUCACAGAAGGGAAAACUGUCACGAGCCCGCUUAAACGUGCCGCUUUCGAUCGACAAAAAGAAGUUUACCUAAAAGCCGCUUCUACAUGGAGUCCACCCAUCGACGAAGUGGUCAUCACACACAAGUACCGUGCAGGGAACGACGGCGAGACUAUUCCUUUACUUGUCCGAGUUCCACAGCUAGCAGAUAUCACCAAUCAAGUCCCCGUCGUACUACUCAUGACCGGUCUAGACGGAUAUCGAUGUGACAAUUCUCAGCGUACACAUGAACUUGUCGGUCGUGGAUGGGCCGUUGUCAUCUGCGAGAUUCCCGGUACAGCAGACUGCCCUGCCGAUCCAACCGACCCAGAAUCUGUUGAUCGGCUAUGGAACUCUGUGUUGGACUACAUGGCGUCCCGACCAGAGUUCAAUCUGCAGAAAAUCGUUGCAUGGGGUCUGAGUGCCGGUGGCUAUUAUGCUGUUCGAGCAGCUUCGACCCACCGUAACCAAUUCUUGGGCUGUGUGGCACAUGGACCGGGCACUCACCACUUUUUGCAUGAAGAUUGGUUGGAACGAAUUGAUGACCAUGAAUAUCCAUUUAUACUAUCGAAGGCAAUGGCCGAGAAAUUUGGCUUCCAGAGUGUAGAAGACCUCAAGAAGGAUGGACAAAAGAAGUUCUCGCUCCUCGAUAAUGGCAUCAUGCAAAAACCUUCAUGCAGGCUUCUGUUGUUGAAUGGGGUUGAUGAUGGAGUGGUGCCAAUCGAAGAUUCUUUACUUCUGUUCAACCACGGAAGUCCCAAGGAAGGCCGUUUUGUCGAGAAAUUGGCACAUAUGGGCUACCCAGACACCCUUGUUACAGCUUACGAGUGGUUCGAAAACCUUCUAACCAAGGGCGAGAAUCCAGGUCUGAAGAACUGA